GCCAGCUGAUGUCUAUUCUUUCAGUCCUAGAGCUGGAGUUUCAUCAAAUUUCAUUGGGGGGGAAAAAUGUCAAGACGCAGUUGUCGAAAUACGCUGCAAGAGAAGGAUGCGAAUGCACCAAAUCAGAAUACCCAAUGUCCAAGGAAGAGGAAAGCCGAGCAUUGCAAAAAAACCAUGACAGAAGCAGCCAAGAAACAAAGUUAUGAAAUUCAGAACCGCUGGGUGGAAGGUGAUGUUAGCCCUUGUGUACUUGUCGAGACUCCUCACAAAGAACUGGAAGAGACGAAUAACUUGGCUGGUUUUAAACACUUCCGGUUCAAGAAUCUUUUCAUCAAGCCCUCUCCCUUGCCUGGUCUCAGCUGGGCCAGCUCAGAUGAUGUAUGGAUCAAGAUGCUGAACAAAGAGCUGAAGUAUAUUCAUGACAAAAGUUUUAUUCAGCAGCACCCAAGCUUGCAGCCCCAAAUGAGAUCAAUCCUCCUUGACUGGCUUUUGGAGGUCAGUGAAGUGUAUACACUUCAUCGUGAGACAUUUUACCUGGCUCAAGACCUUUUUGAUCGCUUCAUGCUGACUCAAGAGGACAUCAGCAAGAACCAGCUGCAGCUCAUUGGCAUUACCUCACUGUUCAUUGCAUCCAAAAUGGAGGAAAUUUACCCACCAAAGCUUCAAGAGUUUGCCUAUGUCACAGAUGGUGCCUGCGAUGAUGAUGAAAUCCUUGAAAUGGAACUUGUAAUGCUGAAAGCAUUAAACUGGCAUCUUUGCCCAGAAACUGUAAUUUCUUGGUUGAAACUUUAUGUUCAAGUGGACUCCUUGAAGGAAGAUCCAAAUUUUCUUGUGCCUCAGUUUUCUCAGGAAACCUAUAUACAAAUCACCCAGUUGCUGGAUCUUUGUAUACUGGACAUUAAUUCAUUAGAUUACCAGUAUGGGGUUUUGGCAGCAGCUGCAUUUUGUCACUUUACCUCCUUUGAAACUGUGCAGAAAGUAUCAGGUUUACCGUGGGACAGUAUAUCCAGCUGUGUGCGCUGGAUGAUGCCCUUUAUGAGGACAGUGAAGGCAUAUGGCAAGCCCAGGCUAAAGGACUUUAAAAAGGUGGCGGUGGAAGACCGGCACAAUAUCCAGACACAUGUAGACUACCUGACCAUGUUGAAUUAUUCUCAUCGGCAACAGCAAGACAGCUUGGACCGCUUGUCUCCGGUCUCUGUUGGAGGCCUGCUGACUCCACCCAAAAGCACAGAGAAGUCUGCCAAUGCCUGAGAAGCUUGUGGACUUGUGUGCUUGCUGGUCCUCACCUCUACGUGGUCUGGUAGUCGCUGCCCCAAGAACACAUUUUUCCCCUCCCCAGCACCACUCUUGUACACGAGUCAUUUGGACUUUCAGGAAUUCCAACUGGGCUUUUUGAACAAGUGUUGGAAUGUGAAAGGACAGUAUAGGCUGAGAUGUAGUCGUGUUCAUGCUUUGAAGAACAGUCAUGUAAAAGGUGGGAGUAUUACUUUUACAAGAUGGUGUUUGAGGAAGUCACACGUGCCUUUCAUCUUCCAAUAUACAAUGUUUACAAGUAUCUAAGCCCUGCCCAGAGCCAUGGGCAGAGUUGUCUAAGGUUGCUGAGAUUAUGUGGGCUUUGGGUUGUUGGUUUUUAAAAAACAAAAAACAAAAAAACACUCCAUAUUUUAAGGAAAGAUCUCUUCAGUGGUGCUCAGAACCUUGUGAAGCGGAAGUCAUUCAUCUUAAUCUGUUACUGGAAACUAUACUCUGCUCCAAGAUGGUAUGAAUGGGUUAUUCCAUUAAAAAGCUGCAUAGUUUUGUUCUUCCCCAUUCCUUAGUGUAUGUUUGUUUGGUGUGUGUGUUUGUUUUGUUUUUUUUUUAAACCAUGUUUAUUGAAUGGCAAAAUCAGCGCAUAUUUAUUUCUUUGGUUUUGUUUUAAAUUUAUGCAAUUUUCACAUUGCAAUGAAUUUCACUUAUUGCCAAAGGCAAAUAUUUAAUGAAAUGAGUGUUUGCUAUUUAUGAAUUUGUAUCUAAAAUGAGAUGCAGUAUUGUACUGAGCCUUACUUUGUAGCAUAGGUUAACAUACUUUGAGACCUGGGAGCCAAAUUCAGUGGUUGUCAUCUGAGACUUUGUAAAGAUAACCCUCUAAAAAAAAAAUUUAACUUUGUACGUAAUGUUUGUCUCCUUGUUUUCUUUUAUGUGAACUAUUAAA